UCUGUGCGACUGCUAAAGAAUGACCCUGUGAGCUUCCAGAAGUUUCCCUACACUAAUGAGGACGAGGCCUGGAAGACGUACCUGGAGAACCCUUUGACAGCCGCCACCAAAGCCAUGAUGAGAGUUAAUGGGGACGAUGACAGUGUCGCAGCCCUGAGCUUUCUCUAUGACUACUACAUGGGUCCCAAGGACAAGCGGAUACUGUCCUCCAGCACCGGCGGCCGAAAUGACCAAGGAAAGAAGUUCUACCACAGCAUGGACUAUGAGCCAGAUCUUGCCCCUCUUGAGAGCCCCACGCACCUCAUGAAAUUUUUGACAGAGAAUGUGUCUGGAAGCCCAGACUACACGGACCACCUCAAGAAGAACAACUUACUAGGCUUGGAGGGGGCGGUACCGACCCCCAGCAAGACCACUCCCCUCCCCCCAGGUCCAAGCAAGCUGGAAGCCGGCUCCAUGGACAGCUACCUCUUGCCCACUAGUGACAUAUAUGACAAUGGUUCCCUCAACUCAUUAUUUGAGAGCAUUCACGGGGUGCCACCCACACAGCGCUGGCAGCCAGACAGCACCUUCAAAGAUGACCCACAGGAGUCGCUGCUCUUCCCCGAUAUCCUGAAAACAUCCCCGGAGCCCCCAUGUCCAGAGGAUUAUCCUAGCCUCAAGAGCGACUUUGAAUACACCCUGGGGUCCCCCAAAGCCAUUCACAUCAAAGCAGGCGAGUCACCCAUGGCCUACCUCAACAAGGGUCAGUUCUAUCCGGUCACUCUGCGCACCCCAGCGGGAGGUAAAGGCCUCGCUCUGUCCUCCAGCAAAGUCAAGAGCGUGGUGAUGGUCGUGUUCGAUAACGACAAGGUCCCGGUAGAGCAGCUACGCUUCUGGAGGCACUGGCAUUCCCGGCAGCCCACCGCCAAGCAGCGAGUCAUCGACGUGGCCGACUGUAAAGAAAACUUUAACACAGUCCAGCACAUCGAGGAGGUGGCCUACAAUGCGCUGUCCUUUGUGUGGAAUGUCAAUGAGGAGGCCAAGGUGUUCAUCGGUGUCAACUGUCUGAGCACAGACUUCUCCUCACAGAAGGGGGUGAAGGGUGUCCCCCUGAACUUGCAAAUUGAUACCUAUGACUGUGGGGCAGGCACCGAGCGCCUGGUACACCGUGCUGUCUGCCAGAUCAAGAUCUUCUGUGAUAAGGGAGCGGAGAGGAAGAUGCGAGAUGAUGAGCGGAAGCAGUUUCGAAGGAAGGUCAAGUGCCCGGACUCCAGCAACAAUGCAGGCAUCAAAGGCUGCCUGCUGUCAGGGUUCAGGGGCAAUGAGACCACAUACCUGCGACCGGAAGCUGACCUGGAGACCCAGCCUGUACUGUUCAUUCCCAACCUGCACUUCUCCAGCCUACAGCGCCCAGGAGGGGUUGCCCCCUCUGCGGGACACAGCAGCGCUGACAGGCUGCCCCUGAAGCGUACCUGCUCACCUUUCACCGAGGAGUUUGAGGCCCUUCCCUCCAAACAGGCCAAGGAAGAUGACCUUCAGAGAGUUCUGCUGUAUGUGCGGAGGGAGACAGAGGAGGUGUUUGACGCACUCAUGUUGAAGACCCCGGACCUGAAGGGGCUGAGGAAUGCGAUCUCCGAGAAGUACGGACUCCCCGAGGAGAAUAUUUGCAAAGUCUACAAGAAAUGCAAGCGAGGAAUCCUGGUCAACAUGGACAACAACAUCAUCCAGCAUUACAGCAACCACGUGGCCUUCCUGCUGGACAUGGGAGAGCUGGACGGCAAGAUCCAGAUCAUCCUGAAGGAGCUGUGA